AGGUUUUGGUCUUGUGAUUGGUCUAUGGAAGAUGUUUUUGCAAGAUGCUAGCAUGUUAGUUUGCUAGCACGACUUCAGUUUAGAUUUCACAAACAGGGUCACAAAUCACAAUUCACCAAGUUGCUUUAAAAAACGGUUUCAGGCUAAUGUACAAAGGUUUUGUCUUGUGAUUGGUCUGUUUAUGUGGAAGAUGUUUUAGCAAGAUGCUAGCACGUUAGUUUGCUUUCACGACUUGAGUUUGGAUUUCACAAACAGGGUCACAAAUCACAAUUCAUCAAGUUGCUUUAAAAAAAUGGUUUCAGGCUAAUGUGAAAAGGUUUUGGUCUUGUGAUUGGUCUCUUUUUGUAAGAUGUUUUAGCAAGAAGCACAUUAGUUUGCCUUCAUGACUUGAGUUUGGUUUCAAACAGGGUCGCAAUUCACAAGUUGCUUCAAAAAACGGUUUCAGGCUAAUGUGCAAAGGUUUUGGUCUUGUGAUUGGUCUGUUUAUGUGGAACCGAGAAAAGAACUGAAAGGAAAAUACAUGGGUAAAAGUUCACUGCAGGUGACGUUUUAAUAUGUCGAAUAUAAAGGUUACAACAGAAAUGUGUGACCACAACACUUAGAAAUACGGAUUUACGCAAUGCAAUGUUUUUUUUUAAAAAAGAUCACAUUUUGAAAAACUUAUUUUGACCCUGCUGCAAUGUCACAGUAUUCAUUGUAAAAAUCUUGAAUUAAUUAAAAAGUGUACACUGUACGAAAGUCAUGUGUUUAUACAGUAUCUCAUCGACGUAAGUUAAGCAAUUUGAACUUUUUUAUAAGUUUUAAUAAGUAUACAGAACAAUAUGUUCAAGUGAUUACAAGCCAAUCACACUUAAAAGUUUAACGCAGCAAAAAAUUUUAUUAGCCCUGUCUGUGCUGCCCUAAAGCAAUAAAAGGGUAUCAUGCCUCCCCCUAGCAUCCGGACUAAAAAUCCUGUUUUUAAUAGCAGCGUGCUGAUGCAGAACAGCAGUAAUCGCAUCAGUCCUGAAGAUGCAGUCUCAUACGCACAGGAUCAAGCCCCCCACCGCAACCCCGACCGGUUCUCGCAAGUAGGUGAGCGAGAAAGGGCGAGCGGAAAAGCCGUGAGAGAGAGAGAGUGGGAGGCAGAAUGAACGAGAAAGGGAGACGGCGCAUUGCGAGCGAGAGAGAGCGGGUGGGGGGGAGAGCCAGAGGCAGGCAGCGUUCAACAGCCAGUGAACACAGAAAUGCAGGGAGUUUGAGGGAGAGGCUGGAAAACCGAGGCCCUCCGCCAACCUUAGAAAAAACACAGGGAUAACAUCAAGACCGGUGAGGAAACUAGAGGGCGGGGGAUUUCAGAGUGAACAAACAUGCCUGAGAAAGUUACAGGACAGAAAGGUAGAACAGCUGAGAAAGACAUCUCCUGGACGUUUCCUAUCAAGAAAUCGCAGGAUGUCCUCUGAGACAAAAAGGACGGAGGAACGACACAUUGUGCCAACUUCGUUUGAGCCCCAAAAUCUGUUACGAGCUCAUAGAGAAAUGGGUCAACAUCUGCAGAGAUCUCAAGCGGACAUCCAUGCCUAUUUUUGGACUAGGGACCGCGUAAUGAACACCUGUGGAUCGAAGCAGGCAAAUGGAAGUCUAGUCAAUCCGAAGGGUCACAUACAGCCAGACUUGAUUGGCCUUGGCAUGCAUUGGAACCGGACCCUAGGGACCGGUGUGCAACACAACAGAGUCUCUGUGAACUACAGCUUGACAGAAUGCAGCUUUAUGGCCCACCAGCACCAGACCGAGCCACACCUCUUCUCGAGGAAGUGUGGUCUUGACUCGCCAGCAAAGUUCAGAGGUCAUGGAAACUGUGGGUUGACUGUUUGUGUGCCUGAACAACAAUCGGCCUCUGUGAGAGAGGAGCCAAAUCCGUCAGAAACAAACGAAAGUGGCUUUGCUAGUCAUAAUUCCAACUUUAAUAACAUACUUUGUACUUCUAAUGGAAUUCGGGACUUGAACGGACCCAGCCUGGUGCAAGAAAUUAUGCUUUCUACCAAAGAUGUUAGGAGUCCCAAUCCUAGGACAUUCCGACAAGGAAAAGUGGACUUGAAUAGAAAGACUUUAAGCUCUGAACAGAGCCAGAAAGCAAUACAGGACCAGAUUCAAAAAGUUGUGGUUAAUCUUGAAGAGGUUCUUCAUGGCCUAAAGGAGAUACAUCUGGAAAUGAAAGAGGUGGUCCAUCAAAUAGACCUGCUGACUGCGGACAUCGAUACGGACGAAAAGGAACCAGGUGGGGCUCCCUUUUCAAGUGGGAUGGAGACAGGAUGUGAAUCAGAGUCAUUGAGAUACAAAGUACCCUCUUAUGAAGACAAAAAGACGUGUUUAUCCAACAAGGACCAUCCUUCAUGCACAAAUGCCCCACCAGCAUACUCCGUCAAGGAUCAAGUGCGACAACUCGGAUCAACUCAGGAGAGGACAGAUUCCCAAAAACAUGAUUUGAGAACUGGUGCAGGACGCCGGGGACUGAAGCCCCCUCCUUAUCCAUAUGCGAACACAUCAGGAAAAGUGAAUCUUAAAGCAAGGGAGAAAGGUCAAAAAGCACCACCUUACCCUUUCAGACGGAGACUUCUUUCUACCAUUGUAUGAGCAGACAGUCAUUUCGUGGCACAAAGGGAAACAUAAAGUGCCAUUUUUAAAGGAAGUCAUGUACUGUGCAAGAUAUACGUCCUGAUGACAUUCUAGUGAAAUCCUACAUUAGCGGUUAAAAAUCGAAGGAUUCUGACAAAGCCCAAAGACUUCGUGGGAAUUCGCAAUGAGAGCUCAACGCCAUCAGCAGAAGAUCAGAAGCCGACUGGGACUGAGAAAGAGAGCAAGAUAAGUGACAAGACACAAAACUAAUGGAGAAACCAGGAGGAGUACGCUGAAUAACAAAGAGAUUUUGUCUAAGACACCGAAGAGUGCUUGUUUCAAACACUCUUUUGAAGUUUUCGUAUGCACACAGGGGAAAAUGACAUCAGGACACGGCAGUCAGCCCGCUACAGAAAAUGUCAAUGUCAUCCGAGGAUAAAGAUGAUGAUGUUGUGACGUCUUGAUAUGCAACGCUUAGGAACAUGAAUUGAGGAUCUGUCUUAAGCUUGCCCGUCACAAACAUUUCAAUGUGCAAAGUUUAUAAAUAAAAAAUCUAUUAAAUAUGUCAAAAGCAUAUUGAAUCAUUUACUCGACGGAUUGUUGAAUUGUUUGUUUACUCAAGUGCUGUCAAAUAAUGAAGGAUUUGAAACUCUUGCACUUACAUAUGCAGCGGCAUACUCAAUCUUGGCUCCUUUAAUCUCUGCUUUGAACUGAGUGAAAAACAGGUAAGACUUCCCCUGGGGCCUUUCAUAAAAAUGAGAAACAAAAAUCAAUACCAUCCUUCCUUUCAUCUCAUAUUACAUGGAAAUGUUAAAAAACCACAAAGAACGGAGAUGACAUUAGCUCAUUUUCCUGAGUAAAACACAUCUUUAGUGUUGUGUAUUAUUACAUUACCUCCAUAUUGAACAGGAAAACAGCUUGUCUUUGUCACUGAGACCAACACUCAUUUGCCAUUGCUGGAGGAAAUAAAAAACAUUUGAAACACUUAAACUGACCAUUGGACUUCAUGGUUAAUGGAGUUUAAUGAGCUGUUCUGAGAAAUGACAGCAUACAUAAGUGCCAUAACUGACAGGAAGUUCGUGAUGGAUCCAGAACAUGAGGGGGUAUUAAAAUGCUUGCACUGCAGAUACAAACUACGAAAAUUUUAACCCCUUCAAGCCUUGCGUCCACUGGAAUGGACAUCACAUGUUUUGUGGUUCAAACCAACAAAAAUGCUGAUCAAACAAUCAAAAUAAGGCAUACUUGAUGAAACACCUGAAAACUCAGGGGUGAAGGGGUUAAAGGGAUAGUUCACCUUAAUAUGAAAAUACUCAUACUCAUGUUGUUCUAAAACUGUAUGAAUUUCUUUUUUCUGAUAAACACAAAGGAAGAUAUUUUGAGAAAUAAUGGUAAACACACAGCAGAUAGUGACCAUUGACUUCCAUAGUAGGAAUAAAAAAAUAUGAUGGAAUUUAAUGGCUACCGUCAACUGUGUGCUUACCAUCAUUUAU